AUGACUUAUGAAAGAAAAACAUCAAUCAUUGACCAGCUCAGUAACACGGUGCUGCCAUCUGAGUCCAUGAAGGUGGUGGCGGAGUCCAUGGGCAUCAACCAGAUCCCAGAGAAUGCAUGCCAGCUGCUGACAGAGGAGGUCAGCUACCACAUCAAAGAGAUCGCCCAGGAGGCCCUGAAGUUCAUGCAGAUGGGGAAGCGGAGGAAGUUGACCACUGGCGACAUGGACUAUGCCUUCAAGUUGAAGAAUGUGGAGCCCCUGUAUGGAUUCCAGGACCAGGAGUUCAUUCCCUUCCACUCCGCCUCUGGUGGGGGCCAGGAGCUCUACUUCUAUGAGGACAAGGAGGUGGAUCUGAGUGACAUUAUCAACACCCCUCUGCACAGAGUGCCCCUGGACGUCUGCCUCAAGGCGCACUGGUUGAGCAUUGAAGGCUGUCAGCCCGCCAUUCCCGAGAACCCACCUCCAGCUCCUAAGGAGCAGCAGAAGGUUAAGGCCAUGCAACCUUUGAACUCAGCCAAGCCGGGCCAGGAGGAUGAUGGCUUCCUGAAAGGAAAAGGGGUUGCCCUGGCAGCUAGCAAGGGGAAGAAGCAGAAGGUGCCGGCCUUCCUGGAUGGCACCCCCUUUCGGCUCAAGCCCCGCAGUAUCCAUGAACUAUCAGUGGAGCAGCAACUCUACUACAGGGCAAUCACUGAGGCCUGUUUAGGCUCCUCUGAAGCCAAGAGAGUGCAAGCUCUCCAGAGCAUCGCCACAGACCCUGGGCUAUCCCAGAUGCUGCCCUGGUUCAGCACCUUCAUCUCGGAGGGGGUCCGUGUGAACAUGGUGCAGAACAACCUAGCCCUGCUCAUCUACCUGAUGUGCAUGGUCAAGGCGCUCAUGGACAACCCAACACUGUACCUGGAGAAAUAUGCGCACGAGCUACUCCCAGCUGUGUUGACAUGCACCGUUAGCAAACAGCUGUGUCUGCGGCCAGAUGUGGACAACCACUGGGCACUGCGUGAUUUUGCUGCCCGCCUGGUGGCCCAGAUCUGCAAGCACUUCAGCACAACCACCAACAAUAUCCAGGCCCGCAUCACCAAGAUCUUCGCCGAGAGUUGCAUGGAUGAGAAGACCCCAUGGACCAUGCGCUAUGGCUCCAUUGCAGGCUUGGCUGAGCUGGGACAUGAUGUCAUCAAGUCCCUGAUCCUGCCAUGGCUACAGCAGGAGGGUGAGCGGAUCCAAGCCGUGCUUGAUUGCCCAGCGCUCAGCCACAUGGACCGCAUAGGUGCCGAACACGUGCAGAACCUGCUGCUGAAACAUUGUGCCCCGGUCCUAGCCAAGAUGCGACUGCCACCUGACAAUCAGGACACCUACCACACCGAGUUCGGAUCCCUGGGAGCUGUCCUCUGCUCACAUGUGGUGAAAGCACGGGCCCAGGCCAUGCUGCAGGCCCAGCAAGUCCACAAGGCCACACUGACCAUCACGCAGCCGCAGCCCACACUCACCCCCUCACAGGCCCCACAGUCUGUUCCUCACACUCCUGGUUUGCUCAAGGAGCCUGGUUCUGUCCUGAUGCCUAUGCAGACCCUGGUGUCUUCACGAUCCCCUGCCCCACCACAGCCAUCCCCUCCUCCCACCAAGUUCCUGAUAAAGUCGUCAUCCUCCAGCACCUCAUCCACCCAGCAGGUCCUGUCCCUCAGCACCUCGGUGCCUGGCUCGAGCUCCACCACCAUGUCCCGAAUCACCACCACAGUCCCCAGCAUGCAGCCCAGGGUCAAGCUGGUCUCCAUUACUUUCAAAGCGCCCACAACCACCUUAGCCUCUGGGCCUGACAGUGUCCAGAAGUACAUCGUGGUCUCAUUCCCCCAACUGGCGAAAGCAAAGAAUGUUGUAGAACAUGAUCAGUGCACCUUGAUGGAAGAGGAUGACAAGAAAGAGGAGGUGGGGCGGGAGCGGGCUCGAAAAAGGCAUGAAAUAAGUAUCAAGCUCCUGGACUAG